ACCGCUCAUAGAUCGUCUAAUUGUUAGCUAAACACGACCUGCGUGCUGCUUGUGUCUCAAUGACAGAUACUGUGGUUUAAGAUGGUUAGAAAAAAACUCUACAUAGCACCUAUUGUUUGAUGUAAUAAACAAGGUAAGGAUGUAAAAGCACCGCUUCCUGUUCCGCUAAGUAUGUCUUAGCUUAGCAUGCCGCUGUUUUGUCAGGGCUAAUUUAAAUUAGUUUACUCGGACUUCGUAACCUCCCUUCCUUCACCACAUGUAUGUAACCAACAUUUAGAUACAGAUCAUGUAAAAAUAAAGACCUGUUAAGCUGGAAUACUGAUACAUUUUUAGAACAUGGCUUUUUCAGGUAAUGUUCAUACUGCGGUUUAAAAACCCAAGUAUAGAGAACUACAAAAACGACAAAACAAAAAUAAAAUUAAUAUGUCAAAACCUUUUACUGAUAAAUUGAAAUAUUUUAUGUGGUGGAAGAGCUGAGCUCACCAUCCCCACACUGAUGGUGGGAUCAUCAAGGUAUGGGGAUACAUUUUUCUGCAUUCAGACAAAUGUACUAAAAAGUGUUUUGUCUAAGAGCAAUCAUAAGAAAAUGAUAUGACAUUGCACUCAUUUUUUUUUUUUUUUGUAUGCUGGGUACUAAAACAAAACCCUUCUCUGGAACUUUUGGAGGAUUUCAGGGGGCUAUCACUCCGUAAGAGAUGCCAGCUGGUGUGUCGUGGCCGCGGUACAUCCGGAUGUUGGGAGCCAGUGUUCUGGCCAUGUUUGCAGGAGCGCAGGCCGUCCAUCAGUACUACCUUCCUGAUCUGAGUAUACCAGAAAUCCCACCAAAACCCGGAGAGCUUCAGACAGAACUGCACGGUUACAAAGCUAGAGAGGAAGCUGCUGCCGCCUUUCAGAAGCUUAAAGAAGGACAAAAUGUGGACUGACGGGGAAAUAUGUUUCUUUUAGAAGAAAUACUACUAUGUACCUUGGGACAGAGUCUCUUAUGAAACAACUGCAAUGGAUAUGUUGCUCUUUUGCCUUAUGUUGUACACAGACAAUAAAUCUUCAUGUCUGAAUGAAGCUGAGCCAAAGAGACCUGGAGAACAGAACCAUCGCAUCGCGGCUGCUCACCUGCAUCAUUUUUACCUCCAGCCUUCUUUCAUUUGACUGCGGUUUAAUCAGUUGCAAUCACACUUGGCUGUCUCUGAAUUAUUGUCACGAGCACAAUUAUCUUGAUGACCGUUUGUCCAUUUUAAAUGUUGCUUAUUUUAGAGAAGUGAUUAAAAGAGUUAAACGAUA